ACCUGUACCCGCCAGAGCACAACUAGGUUCACGAUGCGCUACUACGAGCAACGGUUCCCCGAGGUCGAGGAUGUGGUCAUGGUCCAGGUCAAGCAGAUCCAGGAAAUGGGCGCCUACGUCAAGCUCCUCGAGUACGACAACAUCGAGGGCAUGAUCCUCCUCUCCGAGCUGUCGCGCCGCCGCAUCCGCUCGAUCCAGAAGCUCAUCCGCGUCGGCCGCAACGAGGUCGUCGUCGUCAUGCGCGUCGACAAGGAAAAGGGCUACAUCGACCUGUCCAAGCGCCGCGUCUCGCCCGAGGACGUCAUCAAGUGCGAGGAGCGCUACAACAAGUCAAAGACGGUCCACACCAUCAUGCGCCACGUCGCAGAGCGCACCAACAAGGACAUGGACGAGGUCAACUCGAUCGUCGCGUGGCCCCUCUUUAAAAAGUACGGCCACGCGUACGACGCCUUCAAGCUCUCGAUCACCGAGCCCGACACGGUCUUUGCCGGCCUCGACAUCCCCGAAGACGUCUUUGCCGAGCUGCGCACCAACAUUGCCAAGCGCCUCACGCCGCAACCGGUCAAGGUGCGCGCCGACCUCGAGGUGACCAACUUUAGCUACAACGGCAUCCUCACGAUCCAGGAGGCGCUCGCCGCGGGCGAGUCGCUCUCAACCGACGACAUCCCGAUCAAGAUCCGGCUCGUCGCCCCGCCGCUGUACGUCAUGGUGUCCAACACGACCGACAAGCAGGGCGCGGUCGAGCGCCUCGAGAUGGCCAUCGAGCGCAUUGGCGACGUCAUCCGCCGCGAGGAGGGCGGUCACCUCAACGUCAAGAUGAAGCCCAAGGCCGUCAGCGAGACGGACGACCUCGAGCUCGCGGCCCUCAUGGACCGCGUCGCGCGCGAGAACAAGGAGGUGUCGGGCGACGAGGACUCGGACGACGAGUGAGGCGAGGUGGGUGGGCAGACGAGCGGGCGGUUUCGAGGCGGUUCGAGGGCAAGGGCCGAGGAGGGGAAGGCUCUUCUGUUGUACAGCACCCGCAGCAGCACAGGUUCGCGCAAUGCACUCGCAGGUCGCGCUGCAGCGAUCGAGGGCG